AGCAGGUGUUCAACAUGGCGAUCUCGGGAUUCGGAUCUCACUCUAAUUCACUCUUUUUCUGCGCGAUUUUAGCAACGUUUCUUCAUAAAGGAGCCUGUCAGAUCAUACCAGUGCAGGGUCAGAACCUGGUGACGAAUAACGUCUCUGUGGUCGAGGGCGAGAUGGCAAUUAUCAGCUGUCGGGUGAAAAACAACGAUGAUUCCGUCAUCCAGCUGCUCAACCCCAACAGACAGACCAUCUACUUUAGAGACAUGAGACCCUUGAAGGACAGCCGGUUUCAGCUGGUUAACUUCUCAGACAAUGAGCUUCUGGUGUCAUUGUCCAACGUGUCACUCUCGGACGAGGGACGGUACGUGUGCCAGCUCUACACGGACCCCCCACAAGAAGCCUACGCAGACAUCACUGUUCUGGUUCCACCAGGCAACCCAAUCUUAGAGUCCCGAGAGGAAAUUGUUAGCGAGGGGAACGAGACGGAGAUAACCUGCACCGCCAUGGGCAGCAAGCCUGCUUCCACCAUCAAAUGGAUGAAAGGGGACCAACCACUGCAAGGUGAGGCGACUGUCGAGGAGUUAUACGACAGGAUGUUCACUGUCACCAGCCGGCUCAGGCUUACCGUCUCUAAGGAGGACGAUGGAGUGGCCGUCAUCUGCAUCGUUGACCAUCCGGCCGUGAAGGACUUCCAGGCCCAGAAAUAUCUGGAAGUGCAGUAUAAACCAGAAGUGAAGAUUGUGGUGGAGUUCCCAGAGGGUCUGACCAGAGAGGGGGAACAUCUCGAGCUCACAUGCAAAGCUAAAGGCAAACCACAGCCUCAUCAAAUUAACUGGCUCAAAGUGGAUGAUGAUUUCCCCUCCCACGCCGUGAUUACUGGCUCUGAUCUCUACAUCGAAAACCUUAACAAGUCAUACAACGGGACGUACCGCUGCAUGGCGUCCAACUUAGUGGGAGAAGCCUUCGAUGAUUACAUCCUUUAUGUUUAUGAUGUUCACACCACAACCCCCCCACCCACCACUACCACCAUCAACCCUGAUGCCUCCCAAGAUUCAAGAGCAGAUGGAGUGCCGCAGAAAAUUGAUCAUGCCGUCAUCGGAGGUGUCGUCGCUGUGGUUGUGUUCGCCAUGCUUUGUCUUCUGAUCAUUCUCGGCCGAUACUUCGCAAGACACAAAGGCACCUAUUUCACCCACGAAGCCAAAGGAGCGGACGACGCAGCAGAUGCCGACACCGCCAUCAUCAACGCAGAGGGUGGGCACAACAACUCAGAUGACAAAAAGGAAUACUACAUAUAACUCAGACUGGACCUGCUAGCUUCCUGUGCUGAACAGCAAACUGUGGACUGCUGGGUUGGGAGGUGGGGGGUUGUGGGAUUCAAUCAGGCUGGAUUCACACCUGCGCAGCUGAUGAGACGACAAUGAAGGUCCUGCCAUCACUGCGGACGGGGUGUGGGAUGGCUGAGCACUGGGAGAGCUCAAUUUUAGACCGCUUCACCAUCCGACACCUCCUGCUGGGGCCGGUUUUGUUCAGUUUAAACAUUUACUAAAAAUGUUGUGCCUUGUUCUGUUGUUACUGAAGUACCCACUUUUAUCAGGACACCCACGAGCUUCAUACCGUCUCGCGAAUGGUCCAAACCCACAAUCCGUUCUUUUUUGUUUUAAUUGCCAGCGCAUCAGUACAUUUUAAAGCGCUCACGCUGUUCUGUCUGCAGGUCUGAAAGAAGCCACACACAAAGUUUAAAUGUAAGCUAGAGAACGAAGGCUCGGGUUGUUGACGUGGAUAGGUUCCGAGUGAUUUAUUGCCUGUUAUUCUUCUUAGUCCCUGAAAAAUGAGUUAGAAAUGUUAAAAACCUUCUUUUGUGACCGAGAUAGCUACAAAGCAUUCUGAGGCAUUAUUGUGCCAUUGCAUUUUUUAUUAAAUAUACUGUAUGUGAUUCUAAUCGGUUUGUGUUUAAACUCAUUCUGAGUUGUUUUGCAUCGUCCCUACCUGCCCCAUUACCCUUCAAAUUUAUUCUCAAUUACACCUGGACGUUAAAAACCAAUGCCAAGCAAACAGCUCAAUGGCUCCUGGUUAAGCCGUAUGAGAAAGUUGUCGAAAAGAAGUACCCAUAGAAGUAAAAUAGUGUGUAAAAUAGUUUUCAUAUUUAGCCUGUUCUCAGUCUGAGGUUGAGGUCGGUGGUUUAGUGCUUCUGUGCGCUUUUCAUAGUAUCAACAAUUCUAAACGAAAUAGGACAAGCCUGUUCUGUAUGUUGUAAGCCAUACUUAUUGUAUGUAGCCCUCCCACACAGUUUGGUCAGCAGAGCUUUUAUUCUUCAUUUCUUCAAUGUAGCUUAUUUGUAGAUGUCUGGCUGAAUGUAAUAACUCUACAAUAACGUAAUAGUUUAUAAAUGUGUGCAAGUUAAACACCGUUUUACUGGCGAUUUAUGUGUGCGUUUGUAUUGGGGAGAAUGCACGGAUGCCUAUUAUGUUCUGUCAAUGUAUUAAAAAAUAUAUAGAAUUUAUUAGAAAUGAUUACAUUAUUGUAGAGUUGGUUGAUUUAUGACACUAUUUGUCACACCAGACAUUGUUUUUCUUAUCUUGGGCCUUCACACACCACCCUAGAGAAUACAGAUACACAUUGUUUGUGAUUAUAUUGAGGAUGUAUAGGGAUAUUUUGAAGUUGUGGUGAGAUUAUGGUUAAAAAUGUAAAAUUCUUGUGACAGCACAUUGUUUGGUCAUAGCGUUUACAUGAAUUUGUGUAUUAUGGAGUGCUACUUUUUUGUUUGUUUUUCUUUUCUUUAGUGUUAUUACAGAGAUUAUCUGACCAUUGUUUGGAUUUGAAAAUGCUUAUUGAUUAUGGUAUAUUCGUGCAAGGCUAGCUAAUGCCUUUCUUUACAUUUGGUUAUACAGAAAGAAACUUUUGUUCUGAUUGUGAUUGUGUGUUGUACAGAAUUUUGUGGUUUUAUACAGCAGCAGUAGAUUUAUUUUAAAACGUUUUGAAAACAAAACCUACAUAUUGAUUUAGAGUGUAAUGGAAAUAAAAGGUAAAAUGACAACACCAUCAACUCAGACAUGUAGUUAAAGUCUGUAAUUUGCCUCAAAGGGAUACUCCACCCCCCCCCCAUAAAAAAUGUCUCCAACAUAAAAUAAAAUAAUUAAACAUUACAUUUUCCUAUUGUGGUUCUCAAUGACUGUCAAUGACAGAAAUGUCAGUUGCUAACAUUCUCCCAAAUUUUUGUUUUGUUUAACGGAACAAAGACAUUUACACAGAUUUGGAACAAUUUGGGGGCGAGUCAUUUAUGACAGAAUUAAUUUUUAUUUUUGGGUGGAGUAUCCUUUAAAAACAAAUUAGAAUAUUUUUACUGUAUGCCCCUAACUAACAUGCCAAGCAUAUAAGGAACAAAAAUAACAAUACAAAUUUAUCAUAUUACUAGUUUGACAUAUUUUAGACAUAAAACAAAUUUUUAACCUUUAAACAUUUCAAAUAAGGAAUUGAGGGCUACAUUCAAACAAUCAUUCAAUAUUGACAUUAAAUUUUUAGUGGUGUUUUGUCCAAAAGAUCUCCACAAGAAGCAAUAUGGGUUAUUAUAUAUUGCUUAUAUCAACCCAUGCAGCCAUAACACCAUUAAUAUCAUUCUUUUAGUAGUUACUAAUCUAAAACUGCCCACAUCUAAAAAAAAACAUCACUUUCAGUGUAGGUCAUCUCAGGUCUUUGGUUUUAUGUUGUUUUGCAUCUCAGGUAGAAUGCAAAAUUCCCCAACGAACUUAUUAUCAAAUAACACAGAGUAGAGCAUUUUCCAUUCUACAUGUUUUAUCUGUUCUUUAAAUGCUGUGCACUGUGUAAAUGUUUAUAUUACUUUUUAAAGAUAUGUCGCAGCAAACUACAGGUUUAUUUGAACUCAUUUUUGGACAACUUGUAUAUCAUGCAUCCUUCCUUGUUUGCGUAUGUUUUCUGUUGAAUAGUUUGUCUCAUCUAUGUAGUUUGUAUUCCUGUGUAUUUAAAAGUAUUUACAUUUUCCCGAUAACACUUUGUAUUUGACCAUAAAAAUACAUUUUUACAGAAAUGAAGCAGUACUGUCUUAAUAAAG